AUGAAAUACGGGUCAUUGGUCAACAUGGUAAUUGCUUAUGGUGUGAUGGUAUCACCCAUGGAUGAAAUACGAAUCAUUGGUCAACAUGGUAGUCGAUUAUGGUGUCCAUGGAGGACAUAUGGGUCAUUGGUAAACAUGGUAGUUGCUUCUGGUGUGAUGGUAUCACCCAUGGAUGAAAUACGGGUCAUUGGUCAACAUGGUAGUUGCUUAUGGUCAUUGGUCAACAUGGUAGUUGCGUAUGGUCUCCAUGAUGAGAUAUGGGCCAUUGGUCAACAUGGUAGUUGCUUAUGGUGUACCAUGGAUGAAAUAAAGAUGAAGUUAUUUUUCUUAGAAGUUGAACAUGAAGGGAAAACAAUACUUGAAGAAGCAUCUGCAUUGGGACAUUUGGAUUCAACAUUUGUCCUGGGAAUGAUGUUGAUGGCUGAAGGGAGACAUAGGAAGCAGGAAGUGUUGGACAUGUUGAACAAUGCUUACCGCAGAGCAAAAGGUACGUGA